AUGCGGAAAGACAUUCAGAAACUUGAAGAAACACAUCAGGAGAGCUCACCCAGAGGAGAGAAGUUGGGUGUGGAGAGGCUCUACCGUGAACCGUGUCCUCACUGUGGGGAGAAGUUUCCCACAAAGAAGGCUUUGGAGGAGCACCUGGUAACCCACACAGGAGAGAAACCUCACCAGUGCUCUGACUGCGGGAGGGGAUUCAAUGAAUUGUCUACCUUGAGGUCCCAUCAAAGAACCCACACUGGAGAGAAACCUCACCUCUGUGCUGACUGUGGGAAGAGUUUCUCUUUUCAGUCGUCUCUGAAAAGACAUCAGGCACUUCACGCAGCAGGUAGUGCGAAGCCCCACAUGUGCUCUGUCUGUGGGAAAGGCUUUAGAGAUUCUGGAUACUUAAAAAAACAUCAAGCCAUCCAUUCGGAAGAGAAACCUCACCUCUGCUCUGAUUGUGGAAAGACUUUUGCAUCCUUAUUUACCUUAACAAAUCAUUCCAAAUUGCAUCGUUUAAACAGAGACCAAUUCCAAUGCCCUGAAUGRAAGCGCCAUUUCCCAACAAAGGAAAGGCUGACAAGCCACCAGAGAACGCAUACCGGAGAGAAACCAUUUCGCUGCUCCCAAUGCCACAAACGCUUCUCUCACUCAAGUAGUUAUCAAAGGCACCUUCGUAUGCACACUGGGGAGAAACCCUUCAUUUGCCCCCUUUGCGGGAAGCAAUUUAACGACUCUUCGAAUCUUAGAACACAUGUUAGAAGACAUAAAGGAGAGAAGGUAGGCAAAACACAGGUCUCUGAGCCAUGCCCUCACUGUGGGAAGAGGCUGGCUUCUAAGGCAGGGUUAGAGACUCACCUGCGGACCCACACUGGAGAGAAACCUCACCUCUGRGCCGACUGCGGCAAGAGCUUCGGCUUCCACUCYGCUUUGAGAAGACAUCAGAAAACGCAGCACGGAGAGCAAUUAGCGAAGCCGCACGUCUGUUCUGUCUGUYGWAAAGGUUUCAUGGAAUCUGGAGCGCUGAAGAAACAUGUGGUGACCCACGAGGAGAAACAGCARCUCUGCCCUGARUGCGGGAAGACCUUCAGGGUGCUUCAGGCCUUGUCAAAUCAUCAGAGAACCAAGCAUCAAAAAACAAACGAGCAAGUAAGAGAGAAGAAUCCGUUCCUGUGCCUUACUUGCGGCCAGGAAUUCAAUUCAAAGCAUAGAUUGGUAAUCCACGAGCGAAAGCACACAGGKGAGAAGCCUUACCAAUGCUCCCAUUGCGACAAACGCUUCACUGAGAAGUCUUACAUGAAACGUCACCAGACGGUGCACACGGGAGAUAAACCUUUCCAAUGCUCCGUCUGCGAUAUGAAGUUCUCGCAUGGUGCAUCUUUAAUACGGCACCGCCUAAUACACUCAGGUGGAGAAACCGUACCACUGCACUUACUGGCGAAAGAGUUUCUCUCAGUCAAAUACGCUGAAAACACACAUACUAACGCACACCGGAGAGAAACCGUACCAUGCCUCGACUGCGGAAGCGUUUCACUGAAAAGAAAGCCAUGAAGAAACACCAGCGCGACACACACCGGGACAGGGGCACACAGCAACACACACGGGA